GAGCUGUAGAAGCAGGUGAUUGGCCUUAUUUGGAGCUAGCCAGGGUCAUGUGACCACAAAAUGGUGGAAGCUGUUAGCUUUUUCUAAGCUGAGCAUCUCUACCAAGAGCCUGGGAGGAAGAGAGAAAAAGUGUGAGAUACAGCUGAAAUACAUCCAUGCUCUAAGACAGAGAAGGACAGAGAUUCCUGUGCCCCAGUAGUGGGAUGGACCUGGCAUCUCACAGUAAGACGACCUCCGAGGGGGCCGAGGGCAGACCAGCCCCUCCCAAUUCACUGCCCCUGCAGGGUGCUCCAGGUGGCCCGUCCCAGAGGAAGAAGCUCUCCGCCCCAUGUAUCAGCCUCUCAUUGGACCAGAGCGAGGACGACGCCCUAGAGACGCCCGACGACCUUGACAUUAACGUGGACGACCUGGACACGCCCGAUGAUGCAGACUAUCUGGACUACACCGACAAUGAGCUGGACUGGGAGGAACCCCCAACAGGGGAGAAGGAGACGUGUGAGCCGAUUCCCACAUGUAGCACGGAGGAGGAGCGUCAGGAUGGGAAUCUGUGUAGGGCAGUGGUCAUCGGAGAGCAGGAACACCGCAUUAACAUGAAGAUCAUUGAGCCCUACCAGAGAGUUAUCUCCCAUGGAGGGUACUAUGGAAAUGGAGUGAACGCCAUCAUAGUGUUUGCGGCGUGUUUCCUCCCUGACAGCGACAGUGAGGACUACCAUGAAAUCAUGGAGCAUCUCUUCCUGUAUGUGAUCAGCACGUUGGAGCUGAUGGUGGCAGAAGACUAUAUGAUCAUCUACUUGAACGGAGCCACGCCCCACAGGAGGAUGCCUGGACUGGGCUGGCUCAAGAAGUGUUACCAGAUGAUUGACAGGAGGCUCAGGAAGAAUUUGAAAUCCUUCAUCAUCGUCCACCCGUCCUGGUUUAUACGGACCAUACUAGCCCUCACUCGGCCCUUCAUCAGCACCAAGUUCAGCAAUAAGAUCAAGUAUGUGAACAGCCUGGCUGAGCUGCAGGAACUCAUCCCCAUGGAACACGUCCACAUCCCAGAGUGCAUCAUUAGUCUUGACGAGGAGCUGAAGGAAGCGGCGGUGAGCUCAACAGUGAGCAGUUUCCUCCAGGGACCCGAGCCGACGCCGGGGAGACCUGAAGCCGAUAAAACCAACGCGAACAACUCCUAGACAAAGUGGCAUUCAACAACGGUGGAAAUGAAUGCUCGUCUCGAAUUGGAAUGUCACGUUGUUUGAAAACUCAUGAUUGUCUUGUGUGCUGGAUGCAGUAAAAACAGAUGUACUGUAAGGUAUAUUCCUGUGUGUUUGUGCGACGUGGAGUCGACUAUGAAGACUCGCCAUAUUCCCUGUUAGCACUCAGACGUAGAUCCUAUGAAGACCACUGUAAAAUCCAUCUACAACACCUCUGACAGACCAGAGAUGAGCAUGUGGGGUUUCUUAAUGCUGGUCUU